UAAAUAUAAAUAUAUUUUUACAGCGAGUCAUUGUUGAUUAUCUGAAAUAUAUUGUCUAGUAGUCGUUUUUGUUUAACUUGACUUGCGCAAAGUAUCAGCAUAUACAUUAUGUCCAGUUUUUUAAGCUUUUUUUUUUUUCAACAGUAAAAACUUCAGUUGGUUCUCGCACUUUCAACGGUCAGCACAACCCCUUCAAGCUCACCUUGUUUAUCACCAAGGGGAAAAAAAUAUAUAAAAAAAAAAUAACUUUACACAUACGAAAUAUUAACAGACUAAAAUUAUUACUAAUAAAUAAAUUUAUAAUUCAUCAAUUACAUCUUUAACUAUGUUUAAUGCAUUAUUAAUUAAACAUAAAUUAUUUUCAUUGUUAAUAUAUAUGUAAAUUAAUUUAUGAUGGUUUAAAAGAUAUUAUUGUCAAAGAAAAAUAACAAUUUUUCACAAUGAAAAUGACCCAGUAUAGUAGCAGUGGAAGUGGAAGUGGCGAUAAUUCCAGUGGAAGUGUUCAACGUCAUAGUAAAGAUCGUGGAAAUGUACCAAGUGAUGAAAAAUUAACGGUUGCUGUAAGAAUCAAGCCAUUAAGAAUUGAUGAGACAGGUCCGAGAGCUUUGCACGCUGUUAAUAACAAAACAGUUAUGUUGGAUGAUUUAGAAAUGGAAAAACAAAAACGUAAUACUCCACGUCGUUAUUUGUAUGAUUUGGUACUUGGUGAAGAAUCAACACAAGAAGAAGUAUACGAAGGAACAACAAAAACACUUGUUCAAGAUAUUAUAAAUGGUUACAAUGCAACUGUAUUUGCAUAUGGAGCAACUGGAGCUGGUAAAACUCAUACAAUGGUUGGUAACCCAAGUGAUCCAGGAAUAAUGGUUCGUGCAUUGAAUGAUAUUUUUCUUGCACGUAAACAAAUACCAGAAGCAGUUGAUUUUGAGGUAACAAUGUCAUAUCUUGAAAUAUACAAUGAAAAUAUACGUGACCUGUUGAACCCAAAUACGGGUUAUUUAGAGUUGCGUGACGAAUCACGAGGUCGAAAUGUUCAAGUUCCUGGUCUCACUGAACUUUCGACAAAUUCAACUGAAGAAGUAAUGAAGAUACUUCAACGUGGAAAUAUUGCACGAACUGUUGAGCCAACAUCAGCAAAUGAAACGUCAUCAAGAAGUCAUGCAUUAUUAAGUGUAUCAGUUAAACAAACAACAAGACCAGCAUCAAGUAAAGAUAUUCGUCAUCGUGCACGUGUAAAACAUGGAAGACUAUUUAUGAUUGAUCUUGCUGGUUCUGAAAGACUUAAACAAACAAAAAAUCAUGGUAAACGUCUACAAGAAGGUGCACAUAUUAAUAGAUCACUUCUUGCACUUGGUAAUUGUAUAACAGCAUUAUCAGUUGGUGCACGUUAUGUUAAUUAUCGUGAUUCAAAAUUAACAAGACUUUUAAAAGAUGCAUUGGGUGGUAAUUGUCGUACAGUUAUGAUUGCAAAUGUAUCACCAGCAUUAAUACACAAAGAAGAAAGUAAAAAUACACUUAUGUAUGCUGAUCGUGCUAAUCGUAUUACAAAUAAAGUUGAAAGAAAUACAAUUGUUGAUGUUAAUUAUCAUGUAACACAAUAUCGUGAUAUAAUAAGUGAUCUUAAAAAUGAAAUAUCAAGAUUACGUACAAAAGUAAAUGAUCCAAUAAAUAAUACUAAAAAUAUUACUAAAGAAAUUGAUACAACAAAAUCAAGUGAUUUACGUAAUUUACGUGAAAAAAUUGUAUCUGCAUUUAAAGAACAAAUGAGAUUACGUAGAAAAUUAAUGGAACUUGAUAGUCAUUUAUUGGGUUUAAAUAUUGCUGCUGAACAACAACAUGCAAUAAUAUCACAUUGGGAAUCACGUAAUAAUAAACUUUAUAGAUCAAAUAAAUCAAUGCAAAAAAGAAAAUCAAGUGCUGAUAGUCAAUUUGAUGAAGCUGAUAAUGAAGAUUCAGCUGAUGAUCGUGAAAUUGAUGAUUUAACUGUACAAUCAGCAUGGAAUGAAUUAAAUGAAAUAAAUAAAGAACAAGAACGUUAUUCAGAAAUGCGUUCAUUAACUGAACGUGAAUUAGAAAAUUGUCGUCAAAAAAGUACAGCAUUAGAAGAUGAAUUACCAUCAAGAAUAAAUUCAGAAGAAGAAAAAGAAUUAUUAGCACUUAUGUUACGUGUACAUGAAUUAGAAGCUGAUAAAAUGAUGUUACAAAGUGAAAGAUUAGUUAAACAACAUGAAUUACGUAGACGUGAAUUAUUAUUAUUACGUUAUGAUCGUCAGAGACAAAUAUCUGAUGAAAUAAUAACACGUCAAAGAAGAAUAAUGGAAGAUGGAAGAAUUUUACUACCAUCAGAUUUACAAGAAUUAUAUGUUAUGUAUCAACAAGAAAUUCAUGCUGCAGCAUAUAAUGAUAGUAAUCUUGUUGAUUUAUCAGUAUCAUCAAUGCUUUUUAAUAAUCGUUUACCACCAAUAUCAUCAAGAUCAAUGCAUUUUGAUAGUAUGGAUGAUAAUAGAAUAACAAGUAGCUCAACUGAUUCUGAUUGGGAAUCACCAUUGCCAAUUAUACCAGAACCACGUGAGCAAGAAGAUCCAGAUAUGAUACAAGUUGUUAAAAAUUCAUCAAAUAUACUUUUUCCACCAAUAUCAUCUUCAUCAUCAUCAAAUUAUGUUGAAAAUAAAUUACGUCGUAUUGCAAGUGAUCAUAAUGUCAAUGCAAGAAUUAAAAAAAAUCAACGUGGGCUUCGAUUGUCUUGAUUUAAUUUUUUCAAAUAAUUAAGCUACAUGUUACAAGUACCUGAAAAGAAAGGAAAAAUUUAAUGUCAUUAAAAAUCAUACAACUACAUAACAUCUUUAUAAAAAUAUAUUUAUAUAAUUAAUGGAAAAUUAUUAUGA